AUGGGCUUGCGGAAAGGCGGCGUCCCGGAGCGGGCGGUGAUGGGCCUGAAACUGCGCUUUCAAGCGACCGCGCGCGACCUGGCCAACGGCGAGUACCGGAAACAGAGGCCGGCGAUCAUCUGCUGCUUGAUUCUAGUGAUUUUGGCGAUAUAUGGAUUCGCGGAGCUGGUCUUCCCCAGCGUCGGCGCGCUCGAGGACGAGUAUGCUGAGAUGAUCAUUCGCUCCAGGGUCCAGCUCGCCGCCGCGCGAUCGCAAGUGCAGUCCCUGACCAAGCAGGUCAUCCAGCUCGAGCCCAAGUACACCCUCGCGCUCGAGGAGCUCACGUCGGCGCGGGAGCAGCUCUCCCAGAAGGACUCGAGGGUCCAGGAGGUGGAGGCGAGCGCAGUAACGAAGCUGCAGGAGGCGGAGGAGGCACUUCGGGCGUGCGACGAGCUGAGCGAGGCCAAGGACAAGGAGCUCGCGGAGCGCGUGGCGGACGUCAAGGAGCGCGACCGCAUGCUCGGGGAGGAGCGGAAGAAGAAUUCGGCGCUGCAGGAGCAGGUGGGGGAUCUGACGGAGCGCCUGGGGAAGGCGGAGGCGUCGCUGGCGGCGGUGAAGGAGGAGCUGACGGAGGAGGAGCAGGCGGAGGCGGACCUGAAGCGGUUCAUGGAGGCGGGGCUGCACGGCGUCGUGCGGCGCGCGCAGCCCCCGGAGGGGCCCGAGGGCGACCUGGCGCGCGCGCUGGAGUCGGUCGAGCGCGGCGGGACGGUCCUGACGACGUUCGUGACCAAGGCGGUCGUCGGCCCGGGCGCCGCGCUCGAGCGGUGGCACCUCGCACUCGAGCACCUGGCCAUCGACAACGUCAUCGUGGUCGCGAUGGACACGGAGAGCUUCCAGUUCGCGUCCGACACGCUCCGGCUGCCGGCGAUCAUGAUGAAGGUCGUCGAGGACGGCGAGGACGGCGUGUCGCUCAUCCGGCGCAGCAACGCCGAGAAAGCUAUGAAGUACGGCGCGCUGGAGACGAUGCUGUCGCUGGGGUACAACGUGCUCGUGCUGGACCCGUCGGUGCUGGCGCUGUCGGACCCGCUGCUCGAGCUGGCGCGCGACGUGGACGUGGAGGUCUCGGCGAUGUACCCGGGGCAGCCGCACGUGGCGCAGAAGGGCCAGGACGGCGCGGAGGGGCUGGAGGUGCACGUGCCGGCGGUGGACCCGGCGGUGCUGUUCCUGCGCGCGACGCCCGCGUCCGUGCGGCUCGCGCACCACAUGCGGUCGCGGCUGGUCGAGCUGGACUCCUCGGAGGUGCUGCUGUUGCAGGAGGCGGCGGUGAUGCCGUCGAUGGACGCGCGGCUGUCGCCCGGGGUGCACGUGCGCGUGCUGAACCCGGAGAAGUUCACGACGGGCGCGGCGUACUUCGCGGCGGCGGCCAAGGUCGCGCAGGGCCGCCAGUUGCCGCACCCCACCGUCAUUCAUUUGGAGAGCGACGACGCGGACCUGACGGGCAAGAUGAUGGGGCUGUACCUGUACUACCACAUGGGGCAGAAGGACGCGCUGGAGGAGUGGCUGCCGAACACCAGCGGGGGCGCGGGGCGGAAGGCCGGCGGGCGGGCGCGGCCUUCUCGCGGCGAGGGGCGCGGCGGCGGGGUGCGCGGAGGGCGCGCCGGGGGGCGGGCGGGCAGCAAGGGGCGGGCCAAGGCGCGCGAGGAGUGGGACGAGCCAGACCUGGAGGACGACUGGAUGUGA